AUGGUUCGAAUCAAGCAGCCUUCACAACCUACUAUCCCUGCGCUGGACGGCGUUGCUAUCAGCUUCGCUGCGUACAACCCCAGCGCGCAUCCUGAACUGUCACACAAAAGUGUCGCCGAACUGAAGACUGACAUUUUCGACUGCGGCGGUUCUUACACGACGUCGCCGAGCCAGUGUACCCACCUGAUCGCCACUCGCACACAGUUUGAUAGGAAACUCGGUCGUAUUACUCAAGCCCAAAAGAACCCUAAUACGCUUGUUGUCGCUUACGAAUGGCUGGCUGCGUCUCUGGCCUCGAGUGUACCGGUUGACAUUGAGCAAUAUCUACUCAAGGAUUCACCAACAAAUGAUGACGAUGUAGCGAACGAUGACGAGCCUGACCCUCCUCAAAAAGCGGCGGCCAGGUCGCUAAAACGCUCUAGGAAAGAUGACGACAAUGAGGAUGAUCUCAAACCGACCAAAAAAACCAAACCAUCUAAACCAGCCGAUCUGCCUAACCCGGCCUUAGCUAUCAAAACGGUCCAAGUUCCAGUGGAUCAGUUUGUCAUCUGCGCUUCACACUACGCCGUUCACGUGGACGACAGCGGCACGAUUUACGACGCUACGUUAAACAAGUCUGAUGCAAAAGUGAACAACAACAAAUUCUACAGAUUACAGCUCUUGAACAAGAGAAAUGAAUUCUACACUUGGACACGCUGGGGUCGUGUGGGUGAGAAUGGUCAAAGCAAGUUGCUCGGUGACAGCUCCCUUGACGAUGCACGUCGGUUGUUCGAGAUGAAAUUCAAAGAGAAAGCUGGUCUCACUUGGGAAAAUAGGGAUGCACCGUCCAAGAAGGGCAAGUACGCCUAUCUCGAAAUCAACUACGCAGAUUCAGAGGACGAGGCUGAGAAGGCCGCCGUGCAAGUCAGGCCAAAAGAUGAGUCUCCCAGGAAAGAAAAGGUCUUUGCCGAGAGCAAACUCGUGCCACCGGUCCAGCGUCUGAUGGAACUUAUCUUCAACCUACAAUUCUUCAAUAACACCAUGGCUGACCUUAACUACGACGCGAACAAAAUGCCUCUUGGGAAGCUUAGCAAGAAGACUCUCCUCAAGGGUUAUGAAGUCCUCAAAGAGCUGGCCUUGCUCAUUGCCGACCCUUCUGCUGCCACAGUCAUGGGAGAGUCACAAGGUCAAGCCGUCAUGGACAGAAGCAAUCAGUACUUCUCACUCGUGCCACAUGUCGUUGGUCGCCGAUCUCUACCCAUCCUCAAGGAUAUGGAUUCCAUUAAGAGAGAAAUUCAGCUCCUAGAGACGUUGACGGAUAUGCAAUUGGCCAAUGAGAUCAUUAAAUCCGCAGCGGUCGCGGAACACAAGUCUCUUCACAUGCUGGACAGACAAUACCAAGGACUCGGCAUGAAAGAGAUGGUUCCUUUGGGUCAAGACAGUCAAGAAUUCGCCGAGAUUUUCCACUACCUUAAUAAGUCAACUGGUAGCACCCACGGCGUCACGUACGCAAUCCAGGAUAUCUUCCGCAUCGAGCGCAAUGGUGAAGCUGACCGACUCGACAAGUCGCCGUACGCAAAUCUCGGUUCAAAGAGUGAUCGUCGCUUGCUUUGGCAUGGAUCACGCGUCACGAACUUUGGUGGUAUCCUCAGCCAAGGUUUGCGGAUUGCACCACCAGAAGCCCCGGUAUCAGGCUACAUGUUCGGAAAAGGGGUCUAUCUUGCGGAUAUGAGCUCAAAAAGUGCUGGCUACUGUGCAUCAUACAAUAGUGGCGGGAAUGGCUUGCUCCUUCUUUGCGAGGCUGAGCUGGGCACCCCGCCUCUGAAACUCACACAUGCCGAUUCCAACGCCGGGGACCGCGUCAAGGAGAACAGCUGCAUUUCUACCUGGGGUGUGGGUCAAACCGGACCUUCAAUCUGGAAAGAUGCUAGCUGCAUUCACCCAAGCCUGAUCGGUAUUAAAAUGCCUGAUGUGGUCAAUCAUCCGCCGGGUCCGACUAAUGAGCCGAAUGCAUAUUUGCUGUACAACGAAUACAUCGUUUACGACGUAUCUCAGAUCAGACUCCGAUACCUUUUACGAGUCAAAAUGUGA